GGUUAAAUCUAGAGCAUUCUCUGGUAUGUCAAUUAACCAGGACUUGCUGGUAUCGUGUUAGGGAUAUGGCAGCGUGCCGGCGGCUAUCUCUCGGUAGGAGCUCACAUUAUUCUCUCGCUCUCAGCGAUUCUAAACUUCCAGUUCCUGAGAACAUUUAUGCAGUUUUGCCAAAAUUGCCACAGCUGUCGUUAAAAUAAAUCUGGGUGUCUCCCAGCCUGAAUGUUUCUUCCUCAUUUGCUAGGGGGCGUAGGUCCAUUCCUCCCAAUUUCUGUAAUUUUGCCAAAAAAUGCUCUUUUCCUCUUAACCUCCCCAGCAUUCUCUCCAUAUCAUCACGCAGAAACUCACCGAAGAAGGAGGCGCAGUAUUCUCUGAACUCAAGCUAUAGACAUGGAAGCCUCAAACCGACGUGUUGUUAUUAACGUUGGAGGAGUUAGGUUCGAAACCUACACCAGCACCUUGCAAACUUUUCCCGCGACGAAGUUGGCCAACCUUGCGGAAUCCAUGGCAUUCGGCACCGGUGAUUACGACUCGCAGCGCAAUGAAUUUUUCUUUGAUCGCAAUCCAGUAGUCUUUGGCUACGUGCUCGACUACUACAGGACGAAGCGCCUGCAUUGCUCAGAUGAUGUUUGCAAGUCGGUGCUAAUAGAAGAGCUACAUUUUUGGGAAGUGGACACCACCCAACUGGCUCAUUGCUGCUGGCUAAAAGUCAACAACAAGAUGGGUGAUUUGGAAGAUUUGGGCAUGUGGGAUGAGAUGGCACACAACGAUCAGCAGCAGCUCCUUGUCCAGACAGAUAGGGUGGACUACAGCUGGAGAGCUCGGUGGCAACCGAAAAUCUGGGGUCUCUUUGAGAUGCCCUUCUCUUCGCUGACCUCUAUGUGUGUCACAGCUGUGUCCCUUAUCUUCACGAUUGCGGCCAUCGUCAUCUUUUUCGAAGAGACUAAGCAGCAUUUCGCGUUUGUGGCGAACCAUACGCAGCCAUAUUAUCACGGCUAUGUUUUCCUCUAUGAGUUGGAUUACCAGAAGGUCUCCUACUUGCUGUACCUGGAACUCGUUUGUGUCUUCUGGUUCCUGUUUGAGUUUUGCACGCGUUUCUUCUUCUGCCCCGACAAGAAGAAAUUCACGAAGAACCUACUCAACUGGGUGGACUUCAUAUCCCUCCUCCCAGUCUUCGUGGAACUUCUGGCAAAAGGAGAAGUUAGACGGGUGGACUACUUGUGGAAGAUCCUGGGCUUUGUCCGCACAGUGUAUAUCCUUAAGUUGAUCAGGAUCAUCAUGCACAUUGAAGGUAGUCUCAUUCUAAGGGUCCUUUCUGGAACCCUGAGGGCAAUUUUGAGGGAGAUCUUCAUCCUCUUGCUUGUUUUGGCAUUUGAGACACUCUUCUAUGCCGCCUUAGUAUUCUACGCAGAAUGGUCUGAAAUAGAUACACAUAAUCACAAGGAUUUCUAUUUUGAGGACAUCUACUCCUGUUGCUGGUGGGCUAUAAUCACCCUAACCACUGUGGGAUAUGGGGACGUCCACCCUACAACCACUUUUGGUAAGAUUGUAUCAGGUGUGACUGCUAUAUCAGGCAUUAUGACGAUUGUGAUACCCAUUCCCAUUUUAAUGAUAAAGUUUCAACACUAUUACUCCAUAGCGCUUGCAAGUGAAAAGCUGAAGCUUCACAGACACAAUCAGCAAAAGUUAUAAUCCCACCAUGUUAUAAGGAUUUGCAGAAGGCAAUAUUUGUAUCAUAUAUAUAUAUAUAUAUAUAAUGUAUUAAUCUGUAGAGACCAUCAUAUACUAAAAGCUUAACCGCUUAACCAACGUUAGGACACAUUGUACAUCAAUGGUUCCAUCACAUCUAUCAAAAUGUUUAAAUUCAUACAUUAACAAAGUACACGGGAGAAGUUUAUUUGAAAGGAGGAGAAAUGUUAGAACAAGAGGUCACCGUCUAAACCUAAAGAG